AUGCGCCACUUUGAUGCCUGGGUCAUUCGUGACCCCUACUCGAUCUGGCACUAUUAUACCACCGGCCAACGAUGGAAAGACACCGUCCGCGAACUCAUCCACGACCGCAAGAUCUGUGCUCCAUCGCUCAACUCGAUCGACCCGUACCCAUCAUCAUCAUCAUCAUCACCUUCUUCUACUGCUACUAUUUCUUCUUCUUCCUCUUCUUCCACUCCCUCCACAACCGUCCAACAAACAAGCCCCCUCUUCACCCGCCUCCCCCCAGAAAUCCGAGCCAUAAUCUGGUCCUACGUCUUCGACGCCGAAACCAUCCACCUCGUCACCAUCAAAAACAAAGUCCGCCACGUCCGCUGUUCUUCUCCAGCAACAUCAACCACCUCCCUCACCAACCACCGCCACUGCUGUCCAACAACCCUCGCCCGCUGGCGUACCCCGUCUACCACUACCACCAAUAUCAACUCCUCCCCCAACACUAACCUCCUCUACCCACACACAAACCCCACCCUCCCUUCAACCCUAACAACCUCCACCCCCCCUCCUCCUCCGCACCUGCCACGCCAUCUACACCGAAACAUCCACCCUCCUCUACAAAAACACCACCUUCGACAUCGACGACCUCUACACCUUCAUCGCAUUCACCCAGUCCCUACCCCACCACGCGCUGCACUCCAUCCACAGCCUCACAAUCCAAUGGACACCCAUCUGGACCCCUCUCUCCGGCCAAGACCAUAA